CACAGCUUGGUCAGCGUGCUCUUCAUCAGCGGCACGCGGAUGUAGAAUCUAGAAAUAAAAGAAACACGCGUUGUUGUUUAUUUUGAAAGAUGGUUGUUGUUGCUAAUAUCUCCUAAAAUCGAAAUGUGAUUGGGUAGUAAUGUGUUUGGGAUCACUAACGCCUGUCAAUCGCAAGAAUGUAAUCUGCAGUCACUCAAAUUAGUUAUUCUGCACUAAGUAAGAUAAAGAAUUUCAGAUAAAAACAGUCAUGGAUAACAUAAAGAAGAAAAAAUGGAUGACCAAAUUCGACGUUUUAACGAAAUGUUGGACCUGCUCUCAAAGUUUUAAAGAACAGAUUCUGGACAGACAUAUGCAUAGUUAUAUUCACCAUCAGGCAAUUGAGCGAGUCGCGGGCAGUGAACAAAUGCAUCAGUGUUGGGCCUGUGGUGUGUCUGUGAUAAACCUACAGCAGUACAAGAAACAUAUUUGUACAGCUGGGCACAGAAACAACCUGACCAAACUCGAGCAGAAAAGACGUCGCAAAGAAAAACUUACUGUGGAUUACUGCAAUACUGAAGUUCAUGUCAAGUUUAAAAAAAAUAAAACCAAAAAGAAAAAGAAUAAAAGGAUUCUGCAAAAAUGUUUUGUUUGCUGUCAUGGCUUCUGUCCACAGGAUUUGGACCAACAUAUGCAUGGUCUUGUUCAUCGUCAAGCAAUUGAGAAAUUAAAGGGCAGUGAACAUGUGCAUAAGUGCUGGGCCUGUGAUACAUCUGUGGUGGGAGUAAAGGAAUACAAGAAGCAUAGUGAAACUCCUCAUCACAAAUACAAGAUGUUCCUUUUGAACAGGAAAACGGAUGAUGAAAAACGUUGCAUUGACUAUGGUGUUGAGUUGGACGAUGAGCUUAAAGCCCUAUGUGCACAAAGAGACCAGCAAAUACAACUAAAUAAAAUAAAUCGAUCGAAGAGGAGGUCAGAAGCCAAAAAGGCAUUAGCAAUGCAGAAGGCACAACAAGCUAAAUCCCUUCAGAAUUGCCAGACGAAAAACAAGAGCGUCCGUUUACCAAUGCCUGCAAUGGCAGGUGAGGAUUUCACAAGUGAUGAUUUACCAUUAUCAUGCUUCCUCUUCAAUUCUUCAGGAGAGCAGCAGAACACAUUACCAUCAAAACCAAGCCAAAAAGUGCUUGAAAGAAAACAGAGCAUAUUUAUUAAUGAUUACAAUUUAAAUUGCCCACUUGUAAAAAGGCCUUGUCCUCCAUCAGAGUCUGCUUAUGUCUCUCAUCCCACCCCUGAUGGUGAAGUGGCAGCUGAAUCGACAUCACAUAAACAACCUGGUACCUCUGCUGAGGCUACGUGUGCUUCUCACUUGGUUCAGAGAGAUGACUUUCACGUUUCCGCAAUGAUUCGGGAAAUUCGUAGAUCAACGGACAAUCGGGGUGUUAAUGUUGGCUCAAAUGUAAAAAUGCAAAUGUGCGCCAAAGAGGUGGUGGGACAACGGUCCAAAUCCAAGCACGAAGAGCUUAUCAAGAAAGCAAAGAAACGCACAAAGAAGCGCACAAAAAAGCACAUCAGGGUAAAUGACCGAUGCGAGCCGUGCUAUAAUGAUGCUGCUUUCAUGCUGGGAAGCAAUAAACCGGACCAGAUAAACAGAAAAAGGAAGGCCAAAUUCCAGCAGGAACAGUGCAUGCCCAAAGCAAAGAAUAAUAGACGAGAGGUGUCUCAUGCAUCUAUUUCGUCUGUAUCUUCACUGGCUGUGACGAUUGGAAGGUUGCAUAGCCAGACUUCAGUAACACGCAAUGAAAAUGUUUGCCCGAUAUUGGAGGUUUGUGGAAAUUGGCAGCCUGAUACUGACAGAGUGGAAUUGCAUGGAAAAAAUACAGAACAGGCAGAGACAUCCCUUGAGAAUCUUAAAAGUUUGCCAACUAUCCCCGAUAAUCUCCAAGAACCUACGAGGACAGAACUGGAUAUUUCAAAUACUACUCAUCGGCAUCCUGAAAUCAUAUCUACACACUACAAUGUGAAUAAAUUAAUGACGCUCUCAUCGAGAGAAGAGGAGCUCUCCAUCUCUUUAAAGAAUGUUGGUGACCAGCUGUUUCAGGCAUAUUCGACAUUGCAGAAUGCCUACACAGAAGUUCAACAAUUGCUCAUGGUUAAACAACAGGUAACCUCAGAGAUGGCCUCUCUCAGGGCAAAGCGUAUACAAUUCCUGCAGGACAUGAUGGAUCCCAGCUAGUCCCACACCUCUGAAUCUUCUGAUCAUGUAACCUGUAAAAAAAAUCAGAUGUAAAGAUGCCUGAACGUUGAAUUGCGAUCUCAUGUCUGCUCCUGCUACAGUGUAAUAUUGUUUGCCAGCAUAUUAUUUUUAAAGGCUGGAUAACCUAUUUGAAAUUUUUACUUUUUUAUUUAGUCAAGGAAAUGUAUAUAAAAAAUUAUAAAUACUUCUGUUAAUCUGUUAUGGCAUUGUAAUUGCUCACAGGCAUAAAUAUUUUUUUUUGUGCUUUGUUCUGCACGUCAUUGUAAUGAAAGCAAUUAAAUCAGUUGGUUUAUUUACAGUUGCGCAGUAGCAACAUUACAAAAAGACUGGAUCAGUUCUGAAUAUUCAUUUGUGUUCAUUUCAUUGAAUGGCAAUACAAUGUUACAAUAAAAGAUAGCCAGCAAAGUUUA